UUCGUCAAGACCCUUACGGGGAAGACCAUCACCCUCGAGGUGGAGUCUUCCGACACCAUCGACAAUGUGAAGGCCAAGAUUCAGGACAAGGAAGGUAUCCCUCCAGACCAGCAGCGACUGAUUUUCGCUGGUAAGCAGCUCGAGGACGGUCGCACCUUGAGCGACUACAAUAUCCAGAAGGAGUCGACGCUUCACUUGGUCCUCCGUCUCCGAGGCGGUAUCAUUGAGCCCUCGCUUAAG